CUUUUCCACUUCGAUUCCUCUCCCCUUCCCCCUCCUCUUCCUCCCUCUCCUCUCCUCUCCUCUCCGCCGCUGCCGCUGCUGCUGCGUGCUCCUCUCAUCCCCGUCUCUUCCCCCUCCGCGCGCGCCGCCCACUCGCUGGGAGGAGGAGGAAGAGGAGACCUUCCCCGGAAUUCGUGCUCGCCGGAUCGGGCUCGCCGCAAUCCAUGUCGGAGGAAGCAGGUCGUCCCUUGCCCAAGUUUGGUGAAUGGGAUGUCAACGACCCAGCGUCCGCUGAUGGAUUCACAGUGAUAUUCAACAAAGCCAGAGAUGAGAAAAAGGGUGGGAAUGGGCAAGAUACUGAUUCACCCUGCAAAGAAACUAGGACUGAGAGGGUGGAAUCAUAUGCCCCCAAGACAAACUCGAAGAAAUGGUUUUGCUGCGUGACAUCCAGUCCUACACAAUCUUGAUGAAAACGAGUUCCAUGGGUUGCAAAAUUACUAUCCUUUAAUUUUGCUAUAUACAUACUAUCCAUAAGACCUUUUAGAGAUGCCCAGACUCUACUGCGGUGCUAGAUUGGGCAUCUCUUAAAACUUUGAGGUGUGUGUAUGUAUGUGUGAGGGUUAUCAGAUGCACAUUCGGAUAAAUGAACUUCUGAUUGUAAUUCUAGCCUUCCGUCCUGUGACAUUCUGUGAUGUAGUCGUUAUUCAGUGAUAUAAUGAAUCUCACCUAUUGAUAUAACUGCACACUGUUUCUCUUGCUUUCCGAGGAAACAAACACUGUUUUACCAAA